UCUCUCCACCUCGUCACUCACUGGGUCAACCUUGAUAUCUCGCUUUCUCCGUUGAAUCUCCCCUCAAUGGAAGAGGCAAGACAACGGCGGCCUCAUCAGGCCUGCGAGCCUUGUCGGCGGAAGAAAGUCAAAUGCCCUGGUGAGCGGCCAACGUGCUCGUUUUGCCAGCGACUCGGACAGUCGUGUAAGUAUAGGCCCAGCCCGCCUAGCCAAAGAUUUGAUGAUCAGGAAGGCAAUCAUGGCACCCUGGACCAUCGGAUGGAGGCAAUUGAAGAUAAACUGGACCAGGUAUUACGAUCACUGGACCGGUCCAACACACAAGCUUCGCCAGUGGUCGCUUUUACUGGUCCAUCCGGAUCUACACAGUCCACGGCACCCCAAUUAGAAGCACUCCAUGUUCAGCAAGAACCAUUUCAUAGUGCUGAAAUGCCGGUUCCUCCAUCCGAAGAAGACUCACUUUUUGAAGUUGGCCAGUUAUACCAGAAAUGGUGCCACAACCAGCCCCUUUGUCUAUUUAGACAAGAAAAGUUUCCUGAGUCUCUCAGAUCCCGCGACCAGGAGCUUCGACUGGCGAUAAAGUCGUUGACUCGUCGGUUUCCGCCGGGGCAGCUCACACCCAGCACUCGACAAGAGAUAGACUCAAUCUCUUCCCAGUCUCGAAGGUUGAUCGUAGAGCGCGUCGCAAUUGGAAAGGUGAAACUUUCCACAUUACAGACCCUCUGCCUUCUGAUCAUGGCUUGCUUUGCAGAUGGAAAUGUGAUGCAGGCCGGUCUUGACCUGUCAAUGGCUUCCUAUUUUGCGAGUAGUCUCCCAGCUUCAUCGUCUCUGGGAGACCCAUUAGAAUGCUCUCUGUGCAUUCAAAGCAUCUACAUAUUACAAUGUCUUCAAGCAUCCAUCCCUGAUGCAACUAAGCGUACGAGCAUACGAGGUCUAUUCAAGAACGGCAAUAGCUUGGAACCAAUCAACCAUCGAUCAAGCAGACUUCCUUUGCUGCACGGGCUAGGCCCGGAGGAGGAUUCAGACCGCAGUAUACUGUUCUACAUGGCCCAAGCCGCUGAAGUAUGGUACAUGGCCCGAGCCUACGCAGCAGCUCAAGUCGGAUCGGAUGACCCCCCACCUUGGAACCCGCAGUCCGACUAUUCACUGGUCACACUGCGCAAUCUUGAGCUAGAUUCUCAAUUCCCACUCAGACAUCGAUUCGCGACGAAUAAUUUCGGGGGCAUAACCCCAGAAGCUUUGAAUCAGCGAAGAGACUACUGGGGCCCAUGGCUGUUUAUACAAUUCGUCCAUGCAGCCAUCCCGAGUCUACUAAAUCACCCUUUUCUCCUGUCCAUGCGGUUAAAGAAUUUUCGGCACAUGAUGCCGCAGACUUUCAUGCAUCAGUCAUUCGAUCAGAUCUCGAGACAUAGUGCGUGGAUUAUUUGCUUUCUCAACCUAGUGGAAGCGCAGGAUUUCCAAGUCUCCGACCCGUUGAUUGCGCACUGCGUGGCUGUGGUUGCCACGAUUCACUUACAGCAUAGCUUUGUGAAGGAUGAUGGCCUUCGCCAGAAGGCGCAAGAGGGAUAUGAUAAGUGUAUGCGGCUUUUGAAGCGCAUGGGGUCUAUUUGGCCUUCCGUUUUCUCGAUGACACAAAAUCUUCGCAAGCUCGAGCAAAGCAUUACGACAGUUCCAGCUACUGGUACCCAAACCGGUGGACCGAGCGAGUCUCACGUCUCCUGGUCUAUCGACGCUCAGUUACUCCGGGAUAUUCUUAUAUAUGAGAAAGCGGGCCGAGAGGACGCUAAUGCUGAUAAAUCUAUGUUUGACGACAUUGUCGACGUAGGGGAUGAGCGUCGCGGGUCAGAUGUCGCCGAGUUUGCUAUGGUUGGCAGUGCAGGCAUCUCUGGCCAUAAGACAGCUUGGAAGGAGAUCUCUGCUUAUGCGCCCCAGGACAACACCCCACGCUAUUCACUGCAUGGACUGAGUACGCCAACUGGAGCCACAGGACACGGAAUCAGUGUCACACCGCAGACGGGGUUCGAUGGGUUGCGAGACUUGCCUAUGGUUAACCAGGGCGACUUCUUUCUGCAGGCCGAGGACUAUGGGAGGGCUAUCAAUGACUGGUUCAACUUUGAUAUGACUGACCCGAUGUAUACUCGGAUUGAUUAAACGGUAUCGGGACAUUUCAAUCUUUAUGACAUAACACCAUGGGGUUCAUACAAAAAGUCGGUAGAGACGGAGCCGCCACCGGGUCACCGUCCCCACAUUCACCGGCGGGUCUUCAACCACAUACUCCAGAGUCCAUACAGCAAUAUUC